ACGGCAUUUCUUUCUACCUCCGGAGGAACGACAGCGUGAAUUCAGACUCUGCGUAGACCACGGAAGAAACCUGUUAGAAACACGCACGCCUCAAUGCGAGUGUAUCUGCUACUGCAUCAAUCCAGCCAAUGUGGGAAAGUGUUGCAAUCGGUCAGGGAUACCAACCAAGAGUUGUCCGCUCAACUACAGUGCCUCUGGGAGGACCCCUCAGACAGGAAUCUCGACAUAUCUAGUUACCUUCUGGCACCAAUUCAGUGUCUAACUCGGUAUCAUCUGCUCAUCCGACAAGUUCUGCAGUUUUCCGACCCACUCGCACUAACUUUCGGCCUAUUUUCUGCACUGCGACUGGCGUUGUCUCUUCCCACAGAGCAUGCGGGUUAGGAGUCAAUAGGGCAUGCGCUGGCGUAUGCGGAGCAAAUAUUGGAAGGGGGGAAUGAGAUGCUACGAGAUCGGGAGAGCCAGGCGAGGUUUGGUGAGGUGAGAAACGAGCUAAGG